AUGGUCAUUGCACCUGGUCCGGUAACAAAACUUCCAGUAGAUCAUGAACCACCAAGUCAAAAUAGUCAUACACCAUAUUGGAAUGACUAUGAAGGAUUUUAUGAUAAUUCUAAGCAUACAAAGCUUGGUGGAAAUCGAACAGUUUACGUUACAUCUCCAAAAUCUGUUAGAAUGAAUCACAAUGAAGGUUUACAACGCAUGAAUAAGAUUGGAAAUUGUGGUAUUAAGUCAAACUAA